CGAAACGUCUUCAAACUAAAGCAUACUGCUCAAGAAUAUAAAUCGAUUCUCGACCACUGGAGUUUCCACUAAAUUCAAGAAUAUAAUUAGCGAAACGUCUUCUAGAUAACAGUUUGUGUGCUCGAGAAUAUAAAUCGAUUCUCGGACCACUAAAUUCAAGAAUAUAAAUAAAAGCAAAAUAAACUCCAAAAUCCAACGUAAAAAACUAAUAAUAAUAAUAACAGCAAAAUUCAUCUGCAAAUAAACAAGACCUCGCAUCUCACUCCAAUGGCGGAUGCCGAGUCCCAGACGAACCCAAGAGUCGUGUGCUGCGUGGGCGACAUCCAUGGCUACCUCACCAAGCUGCAAAACCUGUGGUCCAACCUAGAGAAAGCCGUCGGCCCGUCCGAUUUCCAAUCGGCCCUAAUAAUCUUCCUGGGCGAUUACUGCGAUCGGGGGCCCGACACCAGCAAAGUGAUCGAUUUCCUCAUCUCCUUGCGCUCGCGAUACCCUAAUCAGUCCCACGUGUUCCUCUGCGGCAACCACGACCUCGCUUUCGCGGCGUUCUUAGGGCUUCUGCCGGACCCGCCAGGCGGGUCGGGUUUUCCGGCGACUUGGAAGGAGUACGAGAUGAAUGAGGAGAGAGAAGGAUGGUAUAGGGGCGCAGGGUACGAGAAUAUGCACCUGCAGGGUAGGAGAUGGGCCGGGAAGAUGACCGGAUUCAAUCACGCCAAGAAUACGGAGUAUAAGGGCUCGAUUUACGAUGCGGGCCCGACCUUCGAGUCAUAUGGGGUCCCACAUGGCUCUGCUGAUUUAAUGAAGGCAGUCCCUGAUGAGCACAAGAAGUUUCUUGCUGAUUUGGUUUGGGUACAUGAAGAGGAUGGUGUAUCUAUAGAAACCAAAGACGGGUUGCAAAAAUGUAGACUGAUUGCAGUGCAUGCCGGUUUGGAGAAAGGUAAAGGGGUUGACGAGCAGCUAAAUUAUCUGAAAGCAAAAGACACGAGCAUCCCUAAGCUAGAACCUCUUAGUGGCAGAAAAAACGUCUGGAAUAUACCACAGGAAUUAGAGAAUACUCCAACUAUCGUGAUAAGUGGUCAUCAUGGGAAGUUGCACAUUGAAGAAUACAGAUUGAUAAUAGAUCUUGGUGGCGGCUUACCGAAUAAUCCGGUGGCUGCAGUUGUGCUCCCGUCAAAGAAAAUGGUGCUAGACACCGAUCGAUUGUAAAGGAUAAAUAUCAGAUGUUCGAAGCCCGAUUAUUUAUUUUUGGAGAUGUUGAGGCAUUGAACAUAUUUUCCUGCUAGAUAAUGAUGUAAUGGCAAAUUAGUAAUGGGUUCUUAUUUUUAUGUUUAGAAGAUUGCGGUUUAGUCCAUUGCCUUGAACAGAAUACUGGGUGAAAUAACUGCUGGCUGAAACUUGCUUAUUGUAUUGAAAGGAAAUUUUGAGCCAUGAAAACAAUUUUCCAGCUCCAUAAUGAUUGUAAUGGAAGCGGUUCCAAUUGUUAUUUGAAUUUUUUUUUAUUCCUUCUCUCAUGCUCUUGGUCCAAAUAGGAAGGAAAUGAUGCAGCGCUUUCUUUGCUACUUAUACACCCCUAACCCCCAUCUAAGG